CAAUAGACCGCAGGCCGCUCUCUAAGAUAUGUUGGGUAAUGCAGUUCUGGAGCUGGAGGGAAGGAGGCAAGGCGGGACGCACAGCAAGAGCCAAUGGGAAGCCAUUUUUGCUUCGAUGCUUCCCGGGAAAUGUAGUUCCCAGUGAGGCCGCAGAGAAGUGGUGCGGGAUCUGUGCAGCCUGGAUACAGCUCUGGCCAGCUCUUUGGGAAGCCCUCCUUGCCUACUCCAGGCCCCAUGGAGGCCCCUGCACCCCUGCCUGUGAAGCAGGAGGAGCCAGCCGCCGAGGGCCUGGCCCCAGCCCCGGAGACGCUGGACUCCCCCGCCCUGGACUCCCCCACCCCGGACUCGCCCUGGCACCGCUUCCGCCACUUCCAGCUGGGUGCGGCACCGGGGCCCCGCGAGGCCCUGGGGCUGCUGCGCGCCUUGUGCCGUGCCUGGCUGAGGCCUGAGGUGCGCACCAAGGAGCAGAUGCUGGAGCUGCUGGUGCUGGAGCGCUUCCUGAGCGCGCUCCCGGCCGGUGCCCGAGCCUGGGUGUGCAGCCGGCGGCCCCGCAGCGGGGAUGAGGCCGUGGCCCUGCUGGAGGAGCUCUGGGGACCUGUGGCCUCCCCAGAUCGGUCAUCAGUAGUGCGAGCACCUCAGGACGUGACAGAAGGCGCCGGGGCCGGUGUUGGAAAGGAAGAUGGUGGGGUGAUGCCCUUUGGAGCUGUGGGCCCUGAGCCGGAGGUGCCGGUGACGGGAGAUGCCUGGGCCGCGUGGCCGCCCAAGCAGGAGCGCGACAGCCCCCCGCCUGCCGCCCCGGGCACCCUCGGGACCCCCUGCCCCGAGUGCGGUCAGACGCCCGCGCCCGCGCCACGGCCCCCGCGCGAGAAGCCGCACGCCUGCCCCGAGUGCGGCAAGGCCUUCCGGCGCAAGGAGCACCUGCGGCGCCACCGCGGCACGCACCCCGGGGCAGCGGGGCCAGCGCGGCGCCACCCGGCCACGCGCGAGAGGCCGCACGCCUGCUGCGACUGCGGCAAGGCCUUCUACUGGCGCGAGCACCUGGUGCGCCACCGCAAGACGCACUCGGGCGCGCGGCCCUUCGCCUGCAGGGAGUGUGGCAAAGGCUUUGGCCGCCGUGAGCACGUGCUGCGCCACCAGCGCAUCCACGGCCGCGCCGCACGGGCGCAGGGCCCGGCGACCGAGGGCGGUGGCGCCUUCCCGCCCUGGCCGCUGGGGUAGCCGCGCCUGGCCCUGCCCCGUCCCCUACCCGGGGCCGCAAGCGGAUGAAGGGCCAGGGGUCGGGUCUCAGCCCCAGGGGCGGGGCGGGGCAGGGACGGCCCAUGCCGCUCGCGCCCAGGAAUAAAGUUGCUGCCAGUGUG